UUUUUUGUUUACAUUUCGUCCUAAACCUCCAAAACUAAAAAUGUAUUUCAAAUAAGUAUCUACAAGGAAGUUUAUCACUUAAAAUUAAUCUUGACAUUGUUGAGAUCAUGGAGGAAAUCGAAUACAAAUUGGAUUCACGAAAUCCAAUAUUGAUAUCUCACGCGAUUUCAAAACUCUUGGACUCUAUUGCAAAUAAGACCCAAGAUUCUUCUGUCAGUCAGCGAGAUUUACUCAAGACCACAGAUGUGAAAUUGCUUUUAUCGAAAUGCCAAAGUGGAGAUACUUUGGUGAGCACCACAGCUUGUUCAGGCUUCGUAACUUUAGUCGAAUCUGGUGUUUUGAGCGUUUCCAGUGCCUUGUCAAGUUUAAUUUCCAGUCUUGUAGUUACAAAAAACCACAGAGCCUUCAUCACUGCGAUUAACUCUUUAUUAAUUUUUGAUUUGAAAAUAAGAGUUACUCAAGGUUCUUAUGUUUGUCCCUUCAAAAUAAACUCUCCCCAGCAUCCAUUUAUCACCAUUCUAAGUCAAGAAAAAGAAGUUUGGAGGGAAGUUUUGUGUCAAAUGAGGUUUGACAUUAAUCAUCAUCAACCGGAAAUUUCUUCGCACAGCGAACAGCUCUUACGUCCUGUCUUUCUUCACAUUCUCCUUAAUCCGAAUUCAAGUCUUCCCGAGAUGUGUCGACAAGAAACUUGGAACCUCUUAAUUAAAAGCGAAUUGAAAAGUCUAAAGCUAGAAGUGCUGCAAUGGUUGAGCAACCGAGAUUUUUCUUCCUUAAUUGAUACGAAUCAUAGACUCUUAGAAUUAGCUGAAGUGAUGCUUUCGAAGGACGAAAUCUUUUCUUCAGCACUGAUGCCAAUUAUCGCCUCCUAUGGAAUCCAAGUUUUGAAACAAGGUUGCGAUCCAAGACCGAAUUUGGAUAUCAUACGUGAAAUUGGAAAGAAGAGUAAUUCUGGAUGCUGUUUAACAAUUGCCAUUCUAAGUUCUGGCAUUGCUGAAUGUCCUGUAAUUUAUCUUCUUAAUUUAGUUGAAACUUGCAAAUAUCUCUUGGAAAAAGGAUCUUGUAGUUCAUUGAUAGCCAACGGAUUGCUAUCAUCUCUCCUCCAAUGGCAGGCAUACCCAGCUUUCCUGUCAUCAGAAGCUCUGAGAAUCGCGAAAACUCUGAUCGAUAAAAUCCUCUCUAAAAAACAGUGGAAUUUCGACACUAGAAUUUUACUGAACAACGAAAUUUUUGUAACAAUAAUCAAUUCCUUUCCUGAUGUUCAAUUUUACAUCCAACUCUGCAAUCUCGAUUUCCUCUCUCAGGAGGAAAUUAUCUCUUGGCUCGAAACUAUAUCCCAAUCGCCUAAGAAUUUAAAACUAGACUUGAAACAUUUCCUCUACAGUCUGUUUCUUGAGACUCAAGAUUCUAAAAUUACAACCACUCUUUGCAAUAUCCUUCUAGAAUUGUCGGAUUCGAAUCUUGUCGCCUCGCAGAUGUUGACGUUAAUUUUGUACAAACUAACGACUAGUCGCAGUUUUGAGCAAGCUACCAAAUUACUUUUCACCGUGCCUCAGUUGGCUACUACGAAGGAAAAUCUGCCGAUUAUCAUCAACACGUUCGAGACAUUUUUGAAUUCUGGCAAGCCACCCUUGAAGCACCUUGCGAUCGAUCUUUAUUAUAGAGCUUGGAAAAAAGAGGCGAGACUUCACAGUUGUUUGAUGAAGGUUCUAAUAAACGCUAGGAAAAAGAAUUCUGAUGCAGCGGAACAUUGCGAAGAGUUUAAUUCUGUCAUUAUUCAAGCGAAAAUCAUGAAGGAAAUGUGCGAGACUCGACCUGAAAAUGCUGCAGAAUUAGUGCCACUUUUGUCGGAAAUUUUGAAUCGGAAGACCAAUAAGCAAUGCACACCGGCAAAUGCUUUGGCUUUAAAAGGAAUAUCGGCCCUCUGCAAAUCCGGAAUAAUCGACGUAUCCUCGACAUGGAAAGCACUUGCCCCCAGAUUCGAGAGAGAAACACACCCAGUUGUUUUAAAAGCCCUCUGUGAAUUCCUCUCAGAAAUUCCGUCGUUCAUUUCACUUGAAGAAGAUCAUGUUAUCGAUUUACGGGAAAAACUCCUGUUAAAAUUAUGGAACCUUGUUCUUCAUUCUGAAGACAUUCGAGUCCCAAAAUCGGCCUUGAAUGCUUUAAAAACUUACAAAUUCGAGUUCCUGUCGAAAAAAGUGCUGCCUCUCAAUUUCGGAUCAAUUGACCUCAAUCUAAUCCAGGACUUGGAAACGAAUAUAAAUCAAGACGAAAUACCCGGCAUUUAUUGGAUCCACAUGCUGGAGAAUUUAAAUCCCAAGUUGCUUUCCAUAGCCGGAGAUUUAUUAAUUACCUAUGUUGAAGAGGAAACUAAAUUUCUACCACAAAUUCGAGGAGAGGCAGCGAAUUAUAAAAAGCUAUCGACUAAAAGCAUCAUAAAGGCGAUUGGACAAGCUUUGAUGGAGUUUCAGCCUUUUUAUAAUAAUCAUCAACGGCUGAUAAUCACCGAACUUUUGCGGAUAUUUGGAAAUAAAUAUUCGAAACCUCUACCACCGGUUAAAUAUGGAUUCUUAGAAAAGUGCACAUUCUCAAAAGAGGCGAAGAACCAUUGUUUUAGCAUCAUUUGUAAUCAAGCGGAGGUUGCACCUUCGGCGAGAAAACUGCUCGAGAAACACCUGACAAAUGCUGGGAAUGAAGAAAUCGAUCUAUUAGAAUUACUUCAUUUCUAUAAGAAUCUUGAAAGUAUUUGCAGGGGAACGUCUCCCUACAUUUUACAGCACUUUUUGCAAGUUUCUCUGGAUCUCAUGGUACAAAAGUCGAUUUUGGGAAAUAAGAAUUACUCAAGGGGAUUUCAAGAAGCGAUGGGUUUUGUCCAGAGUACUUUGAAAAACGAAACCUUGCCAGAAAUUUCAAGAGGAGUUAUUGUUUCUGUUUUAGAAAAUUUAUUUGGAACGGUGAAUGAGGAUUCAAUUUUUUCAAGUUAUUUGCUGGCGAUUUUAGAAAUUCCCAGCGAUGAUUUAUUGAGAAUAACUUCUGGGGACUGGGAGAAAAUCGAUGAUUCGAGAUUGAAAAAAGCGUUGCUUAUUAGAACUGAAUGGGCGCUUAAACAAAAUCAAGAAAAAUGUUGGGAUCUAAUCGAGGACAUUGUUCAGGAAUGCAUUUCUAGAUCAGAGACUUACGAGUGUGUUUUGAAGACGAUACAGAGAAUUCAGAUUGAAAAGCGACUCACGAAAUUGAACUUUGAUGGAAUUUUAUCAACGAUGGAUCAAAUUCAGUCAAUUGUAUCAUGUUCUAAGUCUGGGAGAAAUAGUGAAUCAGAAGUCGAUUUUCUCUGUGACCUGCUGCUGACCUCAAUUUAUUUUCUAUCCGGAAUGGAUUCCCUUGAAAAAAAUAAGGAAUCCGUGAUCAAAUUAAAGCAUGUCAGAAUUCGAUUAUUCCCGCUGGGGCUUCUGAAUUUAAUUAAGAAUUCAGAUUCUAGGGAAACUGUUCCUAAGAUUAUGAUGUGGUUGCAUUGUCUGAGAACAAACGACGCCGUUUCUCUUUCCUACAGAAGGGCAUUUCACAAUGCCUUGAUUUCCCUAAGGAACGAAACACACUUCGAAAGUGCCUGGAUGACUUUUGUUGACACGAACCCAAAUUUUGAAUCUACAUACUGAAGGAAUUUUUGUUCGGAUUGUUAUAUUCAUGACUUGUACAGUAUUUGAACGAAUUUUUUGUACAUACAUACAACGAAUAAAAAUGUAUACUUUUCAAA